AUGGCUGAACUUGACACGCUGGACGUCAUCGUCCUGGGGGCAAUUUUCCUCGGGACGCUGGCAUAUUUCACAAAGGGCAAGGUAUGGGGCAUCACCAAAGACCCCUACGCAAACGCCUUCGCUGCCUCCAACGGCGUGAAGGCCGGCCGCACGAGAAACAUCGUCGAGAAGAUGGAGGAGUCGGGCAAGAACUGUGUCAUCUUCUACGGCUCUCAGACCGGUACUGCCGAGGACUACGCUUCACGCCUUGCCAAGGAGGGCAAGAGCCGCUUCGGUCUCGAGACCAUGGUUGCUGAUCUCGAGGAGUAUGACUUCGAUAACCUGGAUACUAUCACCGACGACAAGGUCGUCAUGUUCGUUCUCGCCACGUACGGCGAGGGCGAACCCACUGAUAACGCUGUCGAUUUCUACGAGUUUAUGACCGGUGAUGACGCCUCCUUCUCCGAGGGUAGCGAUCCCGCUCUCGGCAACCUUAACUACGUCGCUUUCGGUCUCGGUAACAACACCUACGAACACUACAACUCCAUGGUCCGCAAUGUCAGCAAGGCUCUCGAUAAACUUGGCGCUCACCGCAUCGGCGAAGCCGGCGAGGGUGACGACGGUGCCGGUACCAUGGAGGAGGACUUCCUCGCCUGGAAGGAUCCCAUGUGGGCGGCCCUGGCCGAGAAGCUGGGCCUCGAGGAGCGUGAGGCUGUGUACGAGCCAACCUUCGCCAUCAUCGACCGUGACAACCUGACUGCCGAAUCCGAUGAGGUUUACCUAGGCGAGCCCAACAAGAUGCACCUCGAGGGUACCGUCAAGGGCCAGUUCAACGCGCACAACCCCUACAUUGCUCCCAUCCCCGAGUCCCGAGAAUUGUUCACCGCCAAGGACAGGAACUGUCUUCAUGUCGAGGUCGACAUUAGUGGAUCCAACCUUAAGUAUGAGACCGGAGAUCACAUUGCUGUUUGGCCCACCAACCCUGGUGAGGAAGUUGAUCGCUUCCUCGACAUCCUCGAUCUUUCGGACAAGAAGCACAGUGUCGUCAGCGUCAAGGCCCUAGAGCCCACUGCCAAGGUUCCCUUCCCCACUCCCACCACGUACGACGCCAUCCUCCGAUAUCACCUCGAGAUCUGUGCCCCUCUUUCGCGUCAGUUCCUCUCUACUCUGGCCCCUUUUGCUCCCAACGAUGAAGUCAAGGCCGAGAUGAACCGCCUCGGUAACGACAAGGAUUACUUCCACGAAAAGACUAGCCCUCACUACCACAACAUCGCUCGCAUGCUGGCUACUGUUAGCAAGGGUGAGAAGUGGACCAACAUUCCCUUCUCUGCCUUCAUCGAGGGUCUCACCAAGCUUCAGCCUCGUUACUACUCCAUCUCGUCUUCUUCUCUGGUGCAGCCCAAGAAGAUCUCUAUUACCGCCGUUGUCGAGUCGCAAAUGAUCCCAGGACGUGAUGACCCAUUCCGAGGUGUCGCAACCAACUAUCUCUUGGCCCUGAAGCAAAAGCAGAAUGGAGACGCAACCCCCCAGCAGUUCAGACAGACCUUUGAGAUUGCCGGACCCCGAAACAAGUAUGAUGGAAUCCGCAUUCCUGUCCACGUUCGCCACUCCAACUUCAAGCUGCCUUCGGAUCCUAGCAAGCCUGUUAUAAUGAUCGGACCUGGAACCGGUGUCGCUCCUUUCCGUGCCUUCGUUCAGGAACGUGCCAAGCAGGCCCAGGAUGGUGUUGAGGUUGGACGAACCCUUUUGUUCUUUGGCUGCCGAAAAGCCUCCGAUGAUUACAUGUACCAGUCUGAGUGGGAGGAUUACAAGAAGGCUCUUGGUGACAAGUUUGAGAUCGUCACUGCGUUCUCCAGACAAGGCUCCAAGAAGGUCUACGUUCAGCACCGACUCAAGGAGCGAUCUAAGGAGGUCAGCGAACUGCUGUCCCAAAAGGCUUAUUUCUACGUUUGUGGUGAUGCCUCGCAUAUGGCGCGUGAGGUCAACUCCGUCCUUGCGCAGAUCUUGGCGGAAGGACGUGGAGUUUCCGAGGCCAAGGGUGAGGAAAUCGUCAAGAACAUGAGGGCAGCCAACCAAUACCAGGUACGUUUUCGUCAAGAUACGACGAAUGGUCGCUCUCCCGAUGCGAUGACGUCCGGGACUGUCCCAAAACCAUGCAUCCCCCCUCCCCCCCAAAAAGUUUGCCUGCUGACUGAUUUAUUUGCAGGAGGACGUCUGGUAGUGAAGAAGCGGUAA